UUUGGCAGGAAGUUAGCCGCAGCUAACAGGAAGCCGAAUAAUGAGGACACAGUGAGGUGCAGGAAUUGGCAAAGAGCUACGAGUCCAAACGUUGCUCUUUACACUCUUUAAACUCCCCCCUUCUGAUACAGGAGGAACAAGCAGUCAGCCUCCUGUGUAUGAAGACAAGUCAGAGGCAGCUAUGUCUUCAGCGGUGGAUCUCAAGACGAAGGAGGAGAAGGAUGCAGAGUUGGACAGACGAAUCGAAGCUCUGAGGAAGAAGAAUGAAGCUCUGGUCAAGAGGUACCAGGAAAUAGAGGAAGACAAGAAGAAGGCAGAGCAGGAGGGCAUUGCCGUGACGACGCCUAGGAAGCCCCGCCCCCACGAGCCGGAGACGGACAGAAGGAAGACGGAGAAAGAAAACUUCACCGUCACAGUCGACCUUUCUAAACUGACAGGGGAGAAGAGAGUUGUGAACGACUGGAAAACCGGGCGCCUCGUGGCCGGGAAGACCUCAGAGGAGAGUGAUGGGCAUGGAGGGCCGGGCGACAGCCACAGGGCGCCGGGCGACAGCCACAGGGCGCCGGGCGACAGCCACAGGGCGCCGGGCGACAGCCACAGGGCGCCGGGCGACAGCCACAGGGCGCCGGGCGACAGCCACAGGGCGCCGGGCGACAGCCACAGGGCGCCGGGCGACGUCUAUAGGGGGCCAAGCGAUGGUCACAGGGGGCCGAGCGACGUCUAUAGGGGGCCGAGCGAUGGUCACAGCCCCCAGAGGAGGAUGGGGUCGGGACGAGUGGGUCGGGGAGGUCAGAGAGGAGGAGGAGGCCGCCAAGAGAGGAGGGACCGGGAACCCAGGGAACCCAGAGAACCCAGAGAACCCAGGACACCCAGAGAUGGAGAACCUGGGGAGUCAGGAGGACCACGUAGAGGAGGAAGGAGAGGAAGAGGAGGAGGAGGAGAAGGAAGAGGGGGAGGAGGAGAAGGAAGAGGGGGAGGAGGAGAAGGAAGAGGAGAAGGUGGAGGAAGAGGAGGAGAAGGUGGAGGAAGAGGAGGAGAAGGUGGAGGAAGAGGAGGAGGAGGAGGAGGAGGAGAAGGAGGGACACCAGGAGGCAUGGACAGGAAAUCUAAGGAAUGGGAGGAGAAGAGGCGACAGAACAUUGAGAAGAUGAAUGAAGAAAUGGAGAAAAUAGCAGAGUAUGAGAGAGGACAGCGGCCGGACGGAGACAAGCCAAUCCGUAACUUCCUGGACGACCCGAGACGUUCAGGCCCAGCACCAGACAUAGACCGCAAGGAGGGCAGCAGGAGACAUGUACGAAACUGGGGAGGGCUGGACUUCGACAAUGUGAAGACCGGAGCAGAGCUGGAGAAAGAGUGGACUAGUCGCAGGCCCGGUCAGAAAGGCUCCAUGGAUAUGACGAUGUCUAUGACCGGCCGGGAGAGAGCAGAGUACCUGCGCUGGAAGAAGGAGCGUGAGCAGAUUGACGAGGAGAGACUAGCACGCCAUCGUAAUGCCACAGGCCAGUGGAGACGAGAGUGGGACGCACAGAAGACCGAGAACAUGUUCAAGGAGGACCCUUAUGUGGCUGCAGAGGGCAUCACACCCGAGCAGGGCAGCAGGAGAGCCCGGGGGCGUAACCCUCGUACAGAGCCUCGGGGCAGGGCCUCAGACGACAGCAAGCGGCCUCCGAAAACUCCGACAUUUGGCGACUUCCUGUCCCAGGGCAGGAGCCAGGGACCCCGAGGGGACCGGGGAAGAGGAAGGGGCAGAGGACAGAAACCGAGCUACAGCAUGCAUGACAACCGGUGGGAAGGAGAGAAAGAGGAGGAGGACAAGGAAAAGGAGGACAAGACGAGGAGAGAGGAGAAGCCAAAGAAGAAGGAGGAAGAAAAAUCCAAACCUCCGACAACACCGAAGGUGGAGCAGAAGAACGGAGACGGAGAGGAUGACGAGGAAGAAUGGGAGGAUGCCAGCGAUGAAGAAGACGAUGAGGAAGGGAGCGACUCAGAACACGACUCCAGGGGCGAUGAGAAGAAAGACAAGGGGAAAGAGAAACCAACCAAGAGCAAAGACAACUCCCCCACAUCUCCCGCACCUCGUUCGCGACCCGCAUCAGCAGGAAGCCCCAAAGAGCAGCGGACCCCCAGGCCAAAGGUCCACAUCCCCGCCCCGUCAGUUCAGGAGUCACCGGAGGGAGGGAAGCCCCUCAGCCCCUUCUCCCCGCUCGACAGCCACCGGCCUGUAACAGACUGGGGGGAGGAGAUGGAGAUGCUGUCGCCCCGGAGCAGCAUGGAAGGUGAGAGCCCACUGAAACCCCCCAGUGUGGACAGCAGCCCGCCCCAGAAGAAGGAGCAGGAGGAGACGGAGAGCCAAGCCGCCAGCUCCAGUGAACCUGCUGAGCCACAGGAAGGAGAAGCUACAGAAAAGAUUAAAGCCCAGCAGACUGUGAUAGUGUCAGAACCAGAGUCCACUCCAGCAGACUCCCCCGCUGCACCAGCAUCCGACCCCGCACCGUCCGACCCUCCACCAUCCGACCCUGCUGCACCAUCUCACCCCGCCCCCUCUGAGGUCAAUGAGGCCGCUGUGAUGAUGGACCAGGAUACACCUGCUGCUCCAUCACAAGCUGAUGAACUGGACUCCGCUCCCUCUCCAGCCACCCUGGAGGCCGACCAGAGCUCGUCUGAACCGGCAGGAGGGAAAGACGAUGACGAUGACGACACAGCGCCCGCUGCGACCGACGCUGCUCCGACAGCAGAGACCGUGGAGUCCUCAGAGCAGACGUCCUCAGGCUGAAGCUGCUGAGAAACAAACUGAGGAGGAUGGAAAGAUGAGAGGGACGAAGAGCAUCACACUACUCAUCACUGGAGUGACCGUCACACAUCGAAAUUUAUAAAAAAAAUUAAAAAAGACUUAAACCAUCACGAGGAGGAAGAGGAGGAAGACUGUGCAUCGCCGCCAUGGAUCGGCCUCUUUUUGGAUCACGUCUCGGCCGCCAUGUCUUGUCUCAGUCUGUUUGGUGUUCAGGUAGGAAAUUAAAAGUCAGUCACUGGUUCAGAGCUUCAACACGUUCAGGAAAAAGAACUGAACAGGAUCAGAUUUUGUCCAAAAGACCACAUGUGUAGAAAUAUUAUCACAGAGGAUCAUUGAAGACUGGCCCUGAUCUCGGUUUAUAAAAGGCUCUCGUCGUCUGUCUCAGGAACAGAACACAUGUGGCUAAUUUCUGUUGGUUUUUGUCUGGAAAAUAAUUACUUCUUUUAAAGAUUGCUCUGAUUCAUUUUGUCUGAACGACGGCAGCUUGCAGUUAAUUAACCUCGGGGUGACCUGAGCGACCGUCUGUCUCGUUUGAGCCCUGGCGAACACAUCUGCUCUCGACCUGCUACGUUAACACUUCUCCAGCGGCUGAGCUCCGAUAACAUUUCCGGACUCACGAUGGUCAGUUUAAAAAAAAAAAAAAAAAAAAAACCAAAAUCGAUGCUGCAGAAUUAGAGAUUCUUCUUCCUUCUCAAAACAUUGCGCCUACAUUACCCAUAAUGCAACUCAACCGCCUACAGAUCGCUCUGAGAUUCGGGUUAAUGUGACCUCGAGCUUCCAGCCGGCUGCAGACGUCUUUUUAACUUCACACCAACAGAUUUGUUUGGGGGGGGUUUUUUGUAGUCUUCAGACUCAACCCGAUGCUGACUCAAGUGACAUCACUUGAGGACAGAUUCCACGCAGCGUGUCCACGUGUACAGUAGUUCUCUCCGUCGCCUGGAGUUUAAUGUGUAAAGAAUCAGUGGAAUUCCUCUUUAACAUGAAUUGACUCAUUUUACAAACUCCAUUAGAGACUGAGACUCUCAGAGCGAGCUACGUUUGGAAAUAUAUUUACAUUAUCAGACCUUUUUUAUUUUAUUUAUCCGAACAAUGCUGGAUUAAACCUUCACCUGUGGACGACUCGUCGGUUCUGAUUUACACAAUAUUUGAACUCUUCUUUUCUGGACUGGACUCGUCACCGGUCGCACUUGUUCCUGAGCUUUUGUCUCGCAACUGAGAGUCACUGCUGAUUGUGGCGGCCAGCUUUGUGAUCUCAGCUGCGUUCGUCUCCAUCGUGUAGAGAUUGGGGGGGGCCUUCACCCUCCAGCCUCCAGCCUGUCCUGCUCUUUAGUUUUAUUUUGUAGUUUUUCUUUUUUAAAUUGCUUUUUACUUUUGAAAAAUGUCUUUUUCAUAUCAGAUCCCAACUGAUGCUCCAUAUUGUUUUAAUCAUUGGAGACAUUUAAAGACACUAAAGGUAUUUUUUAAGUGUAUUUUAUGUUUUGCAUCAGAGCCAGCUGUGUGUGUGUGUGUGUGUGUGUGUGACAAUAACUGACUUCAGUGAUCAUGUGGGUCAGAUGUGAAUGUUUUUGUCUGACGCUCUCACCCAGAUUAACUUCUAGGAUCAGGUGUCUUGCUUUAGGACACAUCUCCUCAUCUCAAAUCUGUCAGAAACAAACCAAUCAUGUCCCUUUUUUAGAGCAGUCGGGCCUGUUUGUCGUCUUUUUAAUGAAGUAAUUCUAAUCAGAGAACAUUUGAUAUGUUCAGUGACGCAGACUGUGCUGCCAUUUUGGUGAUUUGAUGGGCUGUGAAUCAUCAGUCCUACAGAGAAAUCUGUCGUAUCCGAGCUGAUACGAGCUCCCCUCCCCCCCUUUAGAUGACACACUGCCUCUUUAGAUGGAAAGUUUUUAAAAAAUCAAAAGGGUCUCAUUCCAAAAUGGCUUGAAGCUAUGAAAGAAAACAGGAUAUUUUACAUUUAAUAUGUAUAUUUUUGUUAACAGCCGUGUUUUUGAGGAUAUAAACCUCAUAUUUGGAAAAACCGACUUCCAUUAAAGUGUAUAAAUAUGAAUUUACAACUUAAAUAACAGCUUCUCUUUGGAAUGAAACCCUUCACUCAUACCUCAGCAGACCAAGGGCUUUUUAGUUUGGUUUGUUUUUGAGUUCUUGCUUUUGUGUGUGUUCUGCCGCCGGCUCUUUGAAUCACGUUUAGUCGUAGCGGCUCGCCUGUGGCGUUUGAAGACACGCGGAUAAAUGGGAUGCUUUAAUGUGUGUGUGGGGGGGGUUUCUUUUUGUGUGUGUGUUUCUGUAUCAGAGGAAUAAAAAAAAUGAUGCAUUUUGGUUGAAAGGAACUACAAUAUGUACAGUUUUUAAAUAAACAUUCCACAGUUGGGUGUUUUUGUGAAAAGCCUUUUGAGCUAUUAAACAAUUAUGGUUGUUUUCUUUUUUGCAUCUGGUUGUUUUUGUUGUUUUUUCCUGAGCUUUUUUUCGAUGACUGAUUGUAUUUAAGGCGGUAGAUAUCUCAUGUAAUGUACAUCCAUUUCUACAACGUCUUCCUGUUUUGAUACAUGAAAUCACGGAGGGACUAACAAAGGGGAUGUUUUUUGUUUUUUGGAGAGUGCUGUGCAACUGUUUUCAUAAGAUUAUCAGGACUAUAGCAUGAAUCUGAAACUGUAGCUUUUUAAUGUUGUCAAAGCCAUCGAUGGAAUAAAUGUCCUCGCCGUCAGCUUCGUACGUCAGAGCGAGGAGCCCCUGACGUUUAUACAGCCUGUACUCAACAUGAAAUGUAAAGCACACAUCAGUUUUUUUGUUUUUUCAUUUAACCAAUAAAUGUAUUCCUCUGA